UGCAAAUCGACUGAAACUAAAACUAAUAGAAAAAUGUGUGAAACAAUUUUGGUGACGGGAGGCGCCGGUUAUGUGGGCUCUCACUGUGUGCUUGAGUUCUUACUUAACAAAUACGAUGUGAUAGUUGUCGACAAUUUGGUCAAUUCGGUGCGACUGGAGGGCAAAGAACUGCCCGAAAGUCUCAUACAAGUGGAGAGACUGACCAAUCGGAAAGUCAAACAAUACAUAAACGGAGACUUAAAAGACGAGUCCUUUUUGGAUAAAGUCUUCACCGAUCAUAAGAUUGAUGUUGUCGUCCAUUUCGCUGCUCUCAAGUCUGUGGGAGAAUCGGUGGCCAAACCACUAGAAUAUUACGAGAAUAAUGUUAGUGGAACCAUCAAACUGCUCAAGUCAAUGCGUAAGUUUGGAGUGAAGAAAUUGAUAUUUUCGUCGUCGGCCACAGUCUAUGGCGACCCCCAAGAGCUACCACUGGUCGAGACCUCACCGACUGGUCAGACGUGUACUAAUCCUUACGGGAGGACCAAACAUAUGAUAAUCAAAGCGUUUGAAUCGGCGAAUGGCAUCAAAAUUCCGUACAAAAUAGUGGAGCGAAGGCCGGGAGAUGUGACCGCACUCUAUGCCGACUCACAGCUAGCGCUGGAAAAGCUGGAGUGGAGGGCUGUUAGGAGUUUGCAAGAGAUGUGCGCCUCUGCCUGGAAAUGGCAGUCAAACCAUCCAAACGGAUAUAACACAAAAAAAUAAUUAUUUCCAGUUAUGUACCGGUAAUCAAAAAUGGGUACAUUUAUAG